GCCGACGAUCGAGACCCGAAUCGCCCUUCGAAUUUCGAGUAUCGCAGCCAGAAGAGAGCGAGAGACGAUGCGCUGAAAAGGUCUUUCAUAUUCGCCCGGUGCCUAUCACUGUCCAAAAGCAAUGGGCUGCUGCUUCUCGACGCCCGCCGGCCCCAACGCCCCUUAUCCGGGCGGUAGCGCCGCGUCGCCCUCCGCGCGCGCCAUCAAUUCCCCGCCGCUGCACCCUUCCGCUACCGACGACAGCCCGCCAGUCUCGCGCGCCGACUCGCACUCGCACCAACCGGCGCAGCCGCCUCAUCCGCAGCGAUCGCAUCCCCACGCCCACCACACGCCCACCUGCCAGCCGCCGCUCUCGCAACACAUAGACAAGCCCUUGCGACGGCACAAGUGGGUUGCGCGCGAUCGGUCGUGGACCCGUUCCCAAUUAGAUACGGAACGCGCCGACUUUUUCGAUACGCGAGUCAGCGGGCGCGCCGAGGUAUGGCAGGUCCUGAAGGCGGCCUUGGAAGUUCUAUGGGAGGCGGAUUUGGCCUACGCGACCGGAAGUGAGCGGGAAGACGACGGGACAGACGGCAUAGCCACGGCGCAGAGCAUACUGAACGCCGCCGAGAUCACCCUGCCCACAGGCGACUUAUCGAACGGCGCGUACGACUCGCUAGGAAACUACUACGCAUUGCCGGAAUGGAUCGUUUGCGAUCCCGUGAACGUUACCGAAGAAAACGAGACCAAGAGAAACAACGGCGACGCGGGGCGGAAAGGAGACGGGGAUCUGACCGGCGAGGAAGAGAGCGAAGAGGAAUUGGACGAAGACGAAGCUAUACGACGGAGGGAGGAGAAGGGAAAAGGUGUUGUCGAUAUCAAAAACGCGGUGAAAGUUCGUGCUAGACUUAGCGAGAAUUUACCAGACGUGGUCAUCAGCGUCGGUGUGGACGAAACCGUGAGAAGCUUUGCCAAGAGGGUAGCCGAAGAAUCCGGGCUGUCCUCCGCGAAGCACGUCCGCGUAGCCUAUAUGGGCAAAAUCCUCAAGGAGAACUCGUCGCUGCAGAGCCAGGGAUGGAAGAAGGGCCAUAUAGUAAACGCCCUAGUGUUCAACCGGUAGCGGCGCUGACGUCCGUAUUAUAUCGCCAAUGCUCGUCCACCGUGGAUCCGAAUCUAAUGCUUAAUUUCGAAUACCCGUUGGAGGAAUACCUGUUGGAGGGUCAUCGGACUGUCCCGGCCUUUAUUACCAAUUUUAUAUCGGAUUUCCCCGGCCUUUACCAAUUUCUACAUCGGAUCUCCCGACCUUUAUGUUCCUUUUCUGUAUCGGAUCCUGGACAAUACCCAAUAUUUGUACCAUGCCGUGUUGGCACGUGGUGGCUAUCGGAGGGUGUAAUUAAUGAAGGUCCCGGGGUCGUUUCGAGCUACGUCGAGGCUCUAGAGUCGAGUACAACAUUGCGAUCGACUCUGUUAUGUCUACUUGUGUCGGAAGGUGACUCACGAGUAAUCCAAGUCACCUACCUGAUAAGGGCCGUAAUGUGUGCUAUAUAAGUAGGGCCUUCAAGGCCACCAGACAUAUAAUUAACGCGAUUUUCAACCAUUUGACCAGUCUACUUGAGCCAAUUACGCUGCCCUUAUCCUGUGAUUAUCAAUGUGUGUCGUAGGGCGAUGAGAACUGUGUUAUUCCGCGCAGUACGUCUAUCAUUGUAUGCUUGACUAAGGUGGUCAGUUUGUCUUGCUAGAUGGUAUCACCACCAAUCUUCAUUUUUGAGUCUUCCCAAAAUAUCAGGCGGUAUACUCUAGCUUUUUUCCCCUUAUGGAGUACUCUAGAC